UGGACCAGUCGAGCGGUGUCAGAUGGGACGAAGAAAGCCCUCGGAUGCGAGUCAACCGGCGAAUGCUCACAAGCUGGGACUAACGGGCUGCAUUCCCAAUGACCGGGGCGAAGCAUAAGUGAUGGGGAAGAGAGAAAGCGAAGGGGAGGCGGAAGGCGGGAGCCCCGAGAUGCUCCACCGCCUUCGUCAGGCUUCUUGGAGCUCGACCGUCACUGCUCGCCUCAAUUGCGCUCCAUCUCCCACCUGUUCCCCAUCUUCAGCUCUCGUCUAUCUCACCGUCUGGUCCUUCAGUACCGGAUUAGCCCUUUAUCUUCAUUCCUAUAACACCUACGCCUUCCCAGCCACCGAAUUUUCUCUGAUUCCUCCCACCUAUCUCCCGGUUGGAGCUUCCGCGUAGGAAGUCAUCCGUUGUCUCAUUUACCCUCACAUUCAGUCAACCCACCGUCUCCAUCAUGGACCGCCUGCAUCGCAUGCUCCAAGCUGCCCAGGGCAUGGGCGUGGGGGGCGCCAGCUCUAAUGGUGUAAGUAA